AUGCAAAUGGAUGAAUUUCUGGAUGCAUAUGAUGACCUGAAAGCCAACGAAGAAGCCCGAAUCGAUUGCGCCUCUAAUGAAAUAAUUCGCACCUUAGAGCUCAUUUCAACGAACGGCACAAAGCUGGACCUGAGUAGCCAAAUCACAGAUAUUGACAACUCCGCAUUACAGGGCAAUGAAAAUGCUUCUGCUUACGAACUCAAGGACUUACAUGUCCGCCUACAAGAAGAACUGCUAUCAGCAGAAGAAGUGGAAGAAAGACUGGAGACCACUAACAGGAAUAUCAGCGAACGGAUGGACGACUUAGUACAAAAGAUGAAACAGUUUGAGAAUAUCGACACACUAAAAUCUGAGACAGAACUGAAACGCCAGCAAAGUCGCAAAGAGUUCGAAAAUGUACUGCCAGAAACUGAACAGUACUGUCAGCGAUUGCUGGAAAAAUUGGCGCAAAAAAAGUCAUCGCUUGAAAAUAGCGACGAAUACAUCAAGGUAAGUAACUGA